AAAAAAAAAAAAACUACCCAAGAAAGGUUCAGGAGAUUCAGAAAAUAGACAUUUGAAAUUAAAAUUGUUUGGCAGAACUGAAGUUGAGGCUUAUGUAGUAAGCAAGAAAUAUUUUGGAAGAGAUUCAGGCAAAAAAAUUUACAACCCAAAGACUCAGAGAGGCAGGGAGAAAGGGGGAAGAAAGUACAAUAAAAAGUCAAUGACAAAUAUGACACUGCCCCACCCUCUAAAUGGAAAUGGCCAAUACAUCACUCUCCUCAGGCUUAGACAUUUUUAAUGCUUUCUUUGGGGAGGGAUUUAGGGGAGGAAGCCCAGGCCUUUGUACAAGCUACAAUUCCCACCACUGAGCUAUACCCCAGCCCAAGGCCCUUAGGUAGGAAAUAGCAAAGUUUCAUUUCCGUAGAGCAGAGCUACUACGUCACUGACAGGAUUUUUAGCUGUAGUUUUGGAGUCUGAGUCCAGUUCUAGCUAUUACCAAAAUAGACCAGUCAGGGUCACUUCACUGUGCUUCUAGUUUCUUCUGAAAAUGUGACAGCAAUCAGAUGAUUUAGCCAUAUGUGUAGCAAUAAAGCAGUUGAACUCACUAGGUUAGAAGGUCGGGGAAUAAGAGAGUUUAUCUAUCCAUCCUUCUAACAGUUCUGUCAGGCUGUUGUGGGUCUCAGGAAUAUCAUGCUGAAUGGAACCUACCCGUCAUAGUUCAGAAGGCAGAUGGUUUGGCAUCUGUUAGUCACACCCUCUUGAUGUCCUACCGUAAACUGUGAAAGAGGCUGCAGAGGGAAAGAACACAGAACUGUGAGACCAGGUUUACUGGGUAGGUGAAGAAAGACUGUCCGGAGGAGAGGAGACAGCUGUCAGCUAGAAGAGCGGUGGGGCGUAACCAGCCAAGAGUGUGGCGCUGUUGUGAGCGGGGAGAGAGUGGACAGGGAACAAGAGGCCAGCGUAGCCCGGGGAAGACAGUGAGAGACCAGCAUGGCCGGGUCUGGCAGAGCCUUAAACGUGUGUUAAGUAUUUCAGAUUUCAUUCUAAGAGCAGUAGGGAGGCAGCCAGGAAGAUGGAAGUUACUGAAUCUGCAUUUCUGAAGACUGCACUGCUCUGUGGAAAUGGGUCGGAGGCUUGUGUCACAAAGUGGGAACGACUCGCAGGGAGCCGGAUCUGGAGGCGGCCGGUGUGGAUCAGCAUUGUGAGCGAUGUGACAGCCCCAGGUGCCACGUGUCCUACCCCCGCGUCUGUUGAACAUGCUGACAUUCAGGUCAAGAGUUACCAUUUGCACUCCAGGGAACGCUAUGUUUGUAACUCCGGUUUCAAGCGGAAAGCUGGUACAUCCAGCUUGACCGAGUGUGUGUUUAACAAGGCCACAAACAUGACCCACUGGACGACUCCCAAUCUUAAGUGCAUCAGAGAUCCCUCCCUGACUCACCAAAAGCCAAUGCCACCCUCCACAGUAGUGACUGCCAGGGUGACCCCAGAGCCAGAGAGCCCCUCCCUUUCUGGAAAAGAGCCAGCAGCUUUAUCUCCCAAGUCAGAUACCACACUGGCCACAGAGACAGCCACUGUACCAGGCCCCUGGAUGAUGUCAUCUAAACCACCUUCUGUAGGCACCACGGGCAUAGGCAGCCACGAGCCUUCCCAAACCCCAUCUCAGACAACAUCAGUGACCUUGGAGCACACGCCCUCUACUUCCCACGAGACACCAGGUGCCCUUCCAGACAGCUCCAGAUAUGCUACUGGUUCGCAGAGGACGCUGCUUCUUCCGCCCCAGACACUGACACUGCUGGCCUCAGCUGCCUUCCCCACCUACGUCCAGUCUGCACCCGGAGCUUCUGCCUUUGAGCACAAUAAUCAACUUUUUCUGCUCUACUCCCUUCCGGGCUUCCUCAUCUCACCAAAAAUCUUCCUUCAAAUCCACACCCUCUACCAGAAGGUUAGAGAAUUUGCCAGUAAUCAUCUCGACAUCUGUUCCUGGGAUACUUGUGAUGUGUUUGGUGUCGGUGCUGCUGGUAUACUACAUCAAGUCAAGGAAUACUUCCCAUCCACCUGCUGCAGGAAUGGAACCCAUGGAAGCAAUGCCAAUGACUGGAGGUACCGGCAGCAGAGAGGCAGACAGAAGAAACUGUCCACUCAACCUCUGAGACUCAGGAAAACCAGCUGGGCUAAGUCUGCAGCAAAGGAUCCAGCUCAGCUUUAGCUGAAGAGAACCUGGAAGACACCAGGACAGAGCCCAGCAGGAUAAUCCGAGGUUGCUGGCUUGAGCUUAUGGAUAAGGCACCCGUGCCUGGGUGUAUCCAAAGGGAGCACAGAGGUUCUCUAGCACCCAGUGCACACUGCACCCGGGAGGCCUCAGCACACAGCCAGCUUCCCGAAGUCCAAACAGCUGCAGUCCUCCUGGGAGAGGCUGAAGGUCUUCACGAGGCCUCUCAUUUCUCUCUGACACUGAUUCAGAACAGCUUAUCCACUUGUCUACGCCAUACCUCAUCCCAACUUGCAGCCUACAGAGAACAGGAACAUACCCGGGGCUCUCAGUUAAUCACAAAGCUCUUCCCGGCUUGGGAAGACACCAGCAUUGAGCUCCUCAAAACUCUGUGUCCAGCACUCUGCAUGCAUUGAGAGGGAGCUGAGAAGGCAGGAGAGGUAUUGAGCCAGUGAAUUCCCCUGAUGUAAGGAUUCAGGAAGAAAACUGAACUCAGUGAUGUUUUAUGUGUGCUUUUAUAUUUAUACUUCCUUGUUUGUUAGAGCUACAUGAUUUAUGAUUUCUAUUUUGAAAAGGUGCCUUGUAUAAACAAAAUAAAAUACCUAUUUUCAGUAUUAAAAAAUGUACUGAGUCACCACAGAGAAAUGUUCCACAAAGGAAAACGGGACAAAGAGUAAGAAUGCAGAGUCCAAAAUGAUUAGCUUCAGGUUUCUUUCUAAAAGGAGGAAAAAAAAAAGCCUUGCCUAGAGCUGGCAUAGACCACAGAAUGGGGGUGUUUGUAACAGAAUUUCCCUGUGAGAAGUAACGUGAUCUAAAUAGCAAGUCUGGGCCCAGCUAUCAUUAUUUCUUUUCUUCCCUGCAUUACUGUUAUUGUUUUGCCAUUUAUGAUACUUAUUCCUAAAACUACAGGCUUAAUCCUAUGUCCUCGUUUUAUACAGAUAAGAAAACUGUGGACUAGAGGAGUUGAGCAGCUCAGCUAACGCCACAGCUUGAACACAACUGGUACGAGAGUCAGGCUAGGGAGCAGUCCUGACUGUAAACUGUCUGCCAACUGCCCCUGCGCUUGAAGGGUAGCAGGAGCCACCACAAGAUUUGGAAAGUGGGCAUGAGCACAGCGCCCAGUCAACGUGCUGCCGGAAGCACUCCAAGUGCCUCUUCUCACUGACUUCUGCAAGACUUCAGUUAGGGGUUUUCAUCAAAUUUACAGAAGCCUCUGCACUUAGCUGCUUGGGCUUGCUCACAGAAUGGUGGUCUUGGGCCAGUCAGACUGCUCACAAGGUGACUGAAAGGCCCCUUAAAGAUUAGACCAGAAAGUGUCACAGAGCACUCCUGCUGUAUUGGUAAAGGCAAGUCACAAAGCCAGUCCAGAUUCAAGAGAGAAUAACAAGUGGAGGGCAGAGAUCGAGGGAGGCCAUCUUUGGUGACCAUCCGUACUGCUCUGAGGGCCAUCAGGGAAAUGGAACUUGCCUUUCCAUCCUCAGCACUCUGUAAAUGCCAAAAAACAGUGGAUGAAUGGAUCAACAUGAUCUGGGCAUCAGUACCUGCUAGCUUUUGAGAAGAAUCUAUUCAUUUUCUUCUGCUUUUUUUUUUUUGAAACAAGGUCUUGCUAUGUAGUUCAAGAUGGCCUCGAAUUCAUUAUGUAACCUGGGGUGGCCUCAAACUUGUAGUGAUCCUCUUGUCUCAGUCUCUCAAGUGCUAGAAUUUUACAG